AUGAAGUGGUUAUUUAUAGUAUUUUCAUUAAUUACUGUCAUUCAAGCAGCUACAACCACAUUAACCACCUCAACAUUGGUAUGGGCAACCGGUACUAAUGCUGAUGGUGUUUUAACUACCACACAAUCAGCAUAUGUUCAAACAUUUACAUCAUUUCAUGACGGAGUGGCAUCUCCAUCCAGUGGUGCUAUUGGUUUAGGUUCAUUAACUGGAUCUGUAGGGGGUAUCAGAACUUAUGAGAGACUUACCGUUUCAGCAGCUUCAAGUGCUGAUAGCAUUAAAUAUAACAGUUUUACCAAACUGACUCCUUUGGUAUGGAUCAUCAGUAUGUCAAGUGUAUUAGCUGUCACUUUGGUCAUUUUUGCAUAG